AUGGUUGAAAGGCUUGAAAAGAAGCGAAUGCUGUUUGAAAAGAGAGUGAUGCAAAAGACUAUGGAUUUCUUAGCGCUAAGCAAAUCAUGUCCGCUGAAAGCCGAACAAUUUCCGGGCACCAAAACGGCAUUCAUAUUGGACGAAAACGGAGAUGUUCUCGCCAGGCAAAUGAUUGUUAAAUAUUCGCCAACACAAGCGUACUGUAUUUAUACGGAAUGCAGUCAGAAAGUCGCCGGCAAGGAUAUACGAGUUAAGGAAGAUGAAGACACACACCAUUUGAGGCUGGUCUCCAUAGAGACGGAACGCGAGAACCGUCGCCUCCUGCCGCUCUUUUUGCAGUUCCACUCGCGGGCUGAAGCGAGGCCGGCCGAGGCGCACCUCAUCGACCAUCUCGCCGAGAGCACCCUCGGUAGAUUCAACCUCGAGCUCAAGAAGAACAUCACUCAUGAUUCUUUCGCGGAGUCGGAUACUUGGAGGGAUGAGGCAGGCUUCGUAGUCACCGACCGCAAUCUCUUCGUCUAUGUCACAUUCAGCAAGUCGGAUCUGAUCUCUACGCUACAACUGAGCAAUUGUGCUAAGAUCGCUGAAUAUAACGCUAAGGAUUUUGAAGCUCUUUGUGAUUUCGACGCUUCCGUUUGUGGUUUCAGCAGAGAAGAGGCUAUCGAAUCCACGAAUCCAUUUCAGUUCAUAACUUCGAACUCAUCUGUUCUUCUUGCGAAAGGAAACGGCGGUAUAGACGGAAUGAUUGCCUAUAAAGGAAACAAGGUAUGCUUUUGCUUUUUUAAACCGGAAGACGAAAUUCUCGUUGAACUGUACGAGUUCACUCUGGACAUAGCAGAGGAUCACUUCGAUUUUCAGAUAUUAGCCCUCUAUGCGGAGACUUUGGAAAGCGCUCAUAGUCUCAUCAAGCACUGUAUCGAGAGAAAUCAUCUAAUUCAGGUAUCGUUCUUCACUCGAAAAGAUCUGUGGGACUGCAAGCACGUGUCAAGUCGACCAGUUUAUCGUCGCCACACUCGAGCCGUCCCAUCCACUAUCAAAUGGAACAAGGUGUACGCUCUCAACAUGGGUUUUCAAAUCGUCUAA